AUGUCGGACUCUGCGAUGUCCAAGCGGUCUCUGCUCAGCUCCGCCCUCUCGAAGUUGUCGAAUGCGCGGACCAGUGCAGACUUGAAGAACGCGCUGCCUGGGCGGCGGGACUUGCGCCCCGGCGAGAACGGGUAUGUUGAUGGGGAGGGGAAGAAGCAGAGCUGGAGGCAGUGGGCGGGGGAGAAGAUUAAGGGGAGAGGGGGAAACGUCGUUACGGCAGAGAGAAUAUCACUUUUCCCUGGAUGGGCUACGAGACGGUAUAGGGAAGGGGACUCUUAUGGGGCGUUUGACAUUCAUGUAUCUAUUGCAGGAUUUGCCGUGAGCCAUCGCCCGCCAGAAUAUGCGACACGAGCCCAAAGAGCCUUCCUUAGAAUGGCUAGAGGUUUUGCCGCUCUGCCUAAGCUACCGGGCCAGAUACCAUCAGACAAUGUAUCUGAACCCUCACUUUCAGCGGUGGAGCAAGAGCUCCUAGGAGAUAAGCGCCUACCACCAACACCGUCCGACAUUCCCGAUGAUUACGAAGUCCAGGCACUGGAGGCAUCCAUGCGGCUCGUCACGAUCGAGAACGAGCAGCGUCAGAACGAAGAGAGGGAAUCCAGCGAAGACGCAUACCGAGAAGGCUCCCUGGACCCUGUUGACUCCCCCGCGUCUGUGGUAUCCUCCUUCUCCUCCUCCUCCUCCUUCAGCAGCACCAGCUCAGACGCCAACUCCCUGUCAGACGCGGUCCGCAAGAUGCACGCCAACCUGGAGGCGCGACUCGAGCCGUUCUGGACGACUGCGCUUACUGGCCGCGUCGUCCGCAUCUCCGUCUACACCUCCCCCAUCUCAGACAUGCAGCACGGCACCGACAAUAAUAAUGCGGAUGUACUCCCCACGCCGUUGAUGACGCAGGACGCCCUAACGGGGCCCGACGGCGCGUUCCAGAGCACUGUGGUAAUUCCCUGGAGCAGGAUAUGCGCGUAUGCGUUGCAGAAGGCGCUGAGCGACACGUCGAAGGAGCACGAGUUCUUCGUCAGGACGGAGCUGCUCCCGCCGCCUCCUCCGCAAGCCAACUUAGGUUCCGGCUCUCCCAUGGCGCAUUUCACUCCCAACCCUGGAUACCGCGCGCGAUAUAUAGAGUCUGAUUUGCCCGCGUCUGCUACACAUGUUCCUCUGACCCAUUCGCCUGUGCGGGUUAUUUCGGACGUUGACGAUACAGUCAAGUUGUCUAGUAUUCUCAGCGGUGCGAGGGCGGUAUUCUAUAACGUCUUCGUUAAGGAGUUAGAGGACGUGGUCAUUCCUGCGCCCGCCACGCGGAAGCGCGCCGGCGUGGUCGAGAUCCUCAGCGCCUUCCCGGACUCGCAGUUCAUCCUCGUCGGCGACACGGGCGAGCAGGACCUCGAGCUGUACGCGGCCGUCGCUGCCGAGCGGCCCACGCAGAUCCUCGCCAUCUUCGUGCGCGACGCGACGGUCGACGACAGCGCGGAGCCCGUGGACGACCCGACCGGGCAGAACGCUAAGGCAAUAUUCACGGCGCUCGAUAGGAAUCCCACUGUCAAGCCGACGAGGGGCGCGCGCACGCCCGGGCUUGCGCCCCUCUCGGCUGUGCGGCCAUUGCCGUCGAGAGGGACGUCGGAGAAUAUAUCCCCGUCGUCGGCUACGCCUACCCCGAGGGCGACGCGGGGGCAUUCGGUGGACCAGCAGGCAGCGGCAGCGGCUGACGCCACGGAUUACUUUACCUCGAACACUGUCCCGUCGGAUCCGGUGUUCACAUCCACCUUGUCUGCCGAACCGGAGAACGCACCUUCCAUGUCGUCAAGCUCGACCACAUCGUCGGCGUCGUCGUCCCGCCGCUCUUCAAGGGCAUGGAUGCCUGGAUCGUCGCGGCAGAACUCCAUGAAUUACGCAGUCUCCGAGGCGGAGCGGAAACGCCAGGAGCUGCAGAUGCGAAUAUGGCGCGCACGGCGAGAGGUGCCGCAGCAUAUACGGCUCAGGGUGUUCAGAAGACCUGAGGAGUGCGUGGAGGCGUUUGAGAUUCUCGGGAGGUUAGAGGUACAUAAAUAG